CUGUGCCACACACUCCAUUAACUAGUCCAUCGUCAACAUCUACAUUUUUACAUAAAUGAAGUUUAUAGACUUAUAAACAAAGUUCGGGAACCAAAGACCACGCCUUGUACGCAACCCAUUUCCGCACCACAGGGUAUUUAGACACACCAUAUCCGCUCCUCUCCCCUCUGUCUCAGCUUGCAAGCACCCUGUGACACACCAGCAUAAACUUAAAACUUCUUACUCACAUCAUGGACCUCGAACUGCUCCUCAACGCUUCGGACGAGGACUCGUUCGAAGUCCCGGAGUCCCCCGGCGUCCGAUCUUUCCGGCAGCCUCGCCUGCGCUCCUCGGUUUCCCUCAUCCCGGCCUCUCGGCCCUCAUCCUCCGUCGACGACGGUAUCGUCGAGCCCUCGAUCCCCAGCGGCUCCAGGGGAAGGUCCCGUACUCGGCGUCCGAAGGAAGCUACUUAUUCCCGACGCUCACUCCAGCCUCGCUCGAGAUCCCGGAGCCCGCCCAAGAGGAGCAGCCACCGCGCGCAGCGCUCUCCUCGCCUCCGGCGUACGGACCGCUCCUCGGCCCCAAACAUGUCCGAGUGGACCGUCGCUCGCUUAAAGCAUUUCCUCAGCCAAAAUAACAUUCCCUUCCACCGCACCGACAACAAGGCAAGACUGUUUCAAUUACACACAAACUCCCUGAAGGACAGCACUCUCUCCCGUCCAUCUUCCCACGAUCUUCCGGGUUCCCGACGUCGCGCGCGCGACGACGUCCGUGACGUCACGGCACGUCGCUCCGCCACACGCACACCUUCCUCCUCAGCAACCUCAGCCUCCCCAGUACAGUCUGCUUCUAACCCUAUGCAGGCUCUCUCUGCUCCACAGCCAUUUCCUCCUCCUACUUUCUCUUCAGCCGCACUUACAUCCCAUGCAUAUACAUUCCAUCACCCCAGCAUCCCUUCCUCCUCUCCGGCUCCUAUCUUUGCUGCUCCUUCCCUCCCGGCCAUCUCAGCUGCUCCUCCACCCGCACCAACCACGGCAGCCGCUCAGACAGCACAAACAACAGCGGGCCCCAGCAGCUCCACGAGUUACACCCAACCUGUUCCUCCUCUUUCUUCUUUUCACCCUCCCUGUCUCCUCCCCUACCCCCCGGCUCCCCACGACCUGCACUCUAGCAUUACCCGUACUACAGCACCUGCACCUCCUUAUCCUACAGCCUUACACACGGCCAGCCUCGGCCUUUUCCUGGCUCCCACACCUCCAUCCAGCAGCUACACCCUGGCCACCGCCCAGCCACCAGUGCGCCCCCUAGCAUCCGCCCGGCCCUCCCCCGUGUCUCCCACCCUCAGGCAGCAGAUCCUAACCGGAACAGGGGGGCCUCGUACAGAUGCCAGAUCAUCGAGACAGCACCCCCACCCUGAGUCUCAACCCCUGUUCCCACUUACCUCCCCGACGUCGACGCAUCUCCUCCUUUCAUCUAUCACUCUCCUAUCCACUCCCUCCUUCCCCUCUUUCCCGCCUGCUCUUCUUUCUCCCCAUCCCUCGACCCUCAUCCCUUCGACCCCUACCCCCUCAUCCCGCAUCCCACGACCUCGACCCUCACCCCCGUACAAAGUCUUGGGCAUGUAUUUCUAUGUAGUCAGGGCAAGUCUUAAGUAG